ACAACCCCAACUUUUUCCCCAUCACCUACAAUGGGCCAACACAACGGAUCAGAAGCAAAAUCAGCAGCUCGCAAAGCGUCUCCAGAGCAAUUAUCGAAGAACUUAGCCCUUGCAUGCUUGAAGAGCCUGACGAGCUUAGAGGCCUAUUGCUUGAAGGAUGUGUUUACGAGUCUGGCGGAUACGGAGGAUGGGAUGAUGUACUGGACCGAAGACACCUUUAUCAAGUUUCUCGAGAUCCCGGAUAGUACGGGUGCGAGUUCACUACUGUUCAAGAGUGCGAGUUAUCUAGCCGCGUUUCCGUAUCCGAAUAUGGCACCUGCUCCGUUGUCUUUGGAAGGAUUAGCAAAAGUCAUCGCAAUAUACACCGGACGGUCCACCGCCAUAAAGGGUGAUCUAUCGAAAACGAUAUUCUCCUCCUUUGCCGUCAUCGACCGCGGCCAAAUCUUCGACUGGGACGAGGAGAAGAAGAAUGCGGUAACGGUUCGAGAAGACAGCGACGACGAAAAUGAAGACGACGACGACCUGCGAGCCCUUGAAGCGCUCGACGAACUCAGCGCGUUUUCGUACGCUGACACCCAGGCUGCCACAGAUGCAGACAAGAAAGACAAGGGACCAGUGCCAAGAAUCCUGACAGCAGACAUGCGAAACAUCCUUAUCUACAUCCUCGGCACCUCAGCAACCACGACCUCAACCUCCGUUGGCGUCGAAGUGUUCGGGAAAGAUCAGAUGCAACGGCUCGAGGAUAUCGCUGACGCAAUGGUAGCCGGAAUGAGGCCUAAUAGCGUGGGUGUCGAUUGGGCAGGGUUCAAGGCGUGGAUGGAGAGGAGCGGGAAAGGUGUGUGGAAGCCGCUAAGUGGAGUUUUCGAUAAGUUUCUGUGCAGCAAGAAGGUGGCGAGUAAUCCUGCAGUAGGGGUUACCGUGGAAGCGAGCGACAAGCCUCUGCCUGGGCCCAAGCCCGGAGGGGGACGGCUACCGAAGUUGGAGGAGGCGACGGAGUUGAUGACGCCCGCGAGUCUGGCACAGAUGGGGAUGUUUAUCCCUACUGAAUCUAUGUCGAGUGGUGUUUUGCACAAGUUGUAUGUUGGAAGCUCGGAUGGGUUCAGUUCGAGUAUGUAUGAAAACAAGGUCUUGAAGUAUCCGGGAAGUACGGUGCUCUUGGUGAGUGGGGAAGACGCCAAGGGUGAGGUAUUGACUUUUGGGUGUUUUCUGGGGAUGGGUCCGUGGAGAAUUACUAUGAAAGAUAACUUUGGUGACCGGACUUCAAUAUUGUUCCAGCUCGGCCCGGUACAUGAGGCGUUCCCUACGACGCCUUCCUCGAUGACACACUACGCUUACUUCGCCCGUACGGACGGCGUCGGCUUCGGCCGUCCCCCACCCUCGAAAAAACUCCUCGGGUCCGUCUCCCUCACCCUAUCCCCCGGCUUCGAAACAGCCACCUUCCGCCACUUCCAUGACCACAGCUCAACAUUCUCCCCCUCCCCUCAUCGUGCAGAUGGUGAAACCGUGUUCGAGAUAACUGAGGUUGAGGUGUGGGGAUUGGGCACGGCGAAGGAUCAGGAGGAGCAGAGGAAAGCGUGGGAGUGGGAGGUUAAAGAGGCGGAGAGGAGAAGGAAUGUAAAUGUUAAGGAUUUCGAGCAGGAGAGGGCGUUGUUGGAGAUGGCGGGAUUAGUUGGGGGGAAUAGAAGUGGGGGGUCUGUAUGAUCUCACGGUCUCUGCGUGACUGUGAGCACCUCGACCAGAUGUACGGCUGGGUCUGAGAGGAGUAGGAUAUGAUUAUGGUGUGAUUAUGAUGGAUUUUUGGAUAGGAUUACUGGAGUUUAAUGGCACAUAUCUCAUGGU